GUCCACGUUGGCACAAAGACCUACUCAUGCCAUCACGUCGCUCCGCCCAGACAGAUAAUAGAUGAUAUAUAAACAGCGAACAUGAUGUAACCAAACCACUACCCCACAGCUCUCCUGCGCCAUGAUCACACGUUCGAUACCCGUCGCUGCGGCCGUACUGGUGCUGUUGCUCGCCUCCGCCCGUGCAACAUCAGUUCUCUGCGAUCCGGAUUGCUCCGAUCACAUGGCGGGUGACAAGGUGGGGGACCCAAGGAACUGUACCCAAUUCUAUGUUUGCAUCAACACCAAUGUGGUUUCAGCCUACCCCGUGGCCUGCAACCCUCCCCUUGGGAUAUUUGACCCUUCUGUGGGGGAGUGCGUGGCAGGGAUGGAGUGCGGGCCGAGUUGCAAUGCGCCAGUGUGCAAAAUCAAAUGCAAGGGAGUUCUGGAUGUGAUUUCCGACCCGUGGGACUGCAAUACAUAUUAUUACUGUGAUGCCGCGUACAACGCCGGCCCCGCCCAGCACUGCCCCGUGGAUAGGCCAUACUUCGACGGAGUGACCUGCACCUUUGACGAGACGAUGUGCUGUGAAUCGCCCUGCACACCGAUCUGUGGCUCCGGGGAUGUCCAGGUGCCAGACCCGCUCGACUGCACCAAAUACUAUCUGUGCCUGGAGGAAGGAACGCCAACAGAGGACACCCACCAUACCUGUGACCCCGGGGCGACCUUCCAACCCACGUCCAGUCUGUGUGUGGCUGGUGGUACUUGCUAUACGCUAUGUGGGGGCACGACUACCACUACCACUACUACCACUACUACCACUACUGUUACCACCACGGAGCCUACUACCACUGAAACUAUCCCUACUACCCCCUCUACUACUACUUCUACUAUUCCUUCUACUACUACUACUAUUCUUACUACUACUGCAACGGACUGUAUACAGUUCCUAAGGUGUCCCGAUGCUGGUUAUUUCCCAAUGUGCUUUUCCUGCCAACCUAUGUAUUUCGAGUGUCAUGAAGAGGGUGCCAGCGGGGUGCCAAUGAUGUGUCCAGUAGGGUAUGUCUUCAAUACUGUCCCAGGGUACUACUACUGUGUUCGAGCGGAGGACUGCCCGUACAACCCCAGUACCCAUACCACGCAGUAGUUUGCAAUGGUGACAGUGACAUUAAGGCCGCUUUCUCUUAAUGGGUUGGCUACUGUGUGUUGUGGUGAAUAACUUCUCUCCUCCUCCUCCUCCUCCUCCUCCUCCUCCUUCUCUCCUUUCUCCUCUUCUUCCUCCUUCUUCUCCUCCUCCUCCUCCUCCUCUCCUUCCUCCUCUUCUUUUUCCUCCUUCUUCUCCUCCUCCUUCUCUCUUUCACUACCUAUAUUUGUUUUCUUUUAAAUGUUUGUACAAGAAAUGAAAAUGAAAAAAAAAAAAAUGGUAGAGAAAAUAUUGGAUGUUGAUUUUUUUUACUCUCUCUCUCUCUCUCUCUCUCAGUAUAGUUAUAAAUAUCAUUAUUAUACGAUGAAAUAAAACUAAUAUACCAA